GUGACGUCCACAUGAGAAUAACACCUUCAAAACCCAAUUCACAUUUCUGACUAUAAAUUUUAUUUAAUUGAAAAAAUAUGCAACAGUUAGUAUUUUGAGAAUUCAAUUAUUAGAUACACAUAUUGUUUCAACGUAAAAAAAGAAACAGCAACUUAGCUUCUACGGGAAACACAAACUACUCCACUGGUCAGUGAACUUCAGUUUUCACAACAAACAUUGUCUGCAAACUACAAAGUAACUAAAGGGAAGAGGAAAGCAGAGCAAAAAUGACACGCAAUUCAGAACAUUUCAGUCAGCUGUAUAUUGAAUGUUGUGGAUUUCAGCCUACCCCAGAAACAGUCUGUGCCAUUAUUAUUUUGGUUUUCUAAUAAUUGAAUCCUCUCAGGUUAACUUCGCAAAAUAAGAAAACUAUUAAAGAAAAAAAUAUGAGGGGACAUGAGUUGCUCUCGCAGUCUGUUAUCAAAUGAAUUGUCAUGAACCCCCUAAUUCUUGAAAGUCUACAUUUGUUAGUCACCUCCUUUGUAAAUUAAGUAACUUGAAUCUUUGGUGCAUUAUGUUGUUGAGCACAAAAAAUGCCUCUUGUGAUUAUUACCAUUAUUUUUAUUUAUUUAUAAAUAUUAUUUAUUCCACGUGUUUUCCAUGGCAACAAAGGUGGGCGGGCAACAAAAGACGCUGUGCGUCGCAGCAUGCGCCAGCUUUUGACGAAUAAGUUGGCGCAAGGGAUUAAUUGGACAGGACUUGGGGAGAAGAUUUCUUUGCACUUCAAAAUUAGUCAUACUUCAGACCUCAAGUACGCCCCGGACUUAUUCACCAGGCUACAAGCGUCCUGGUCGUCCAAGCAAUAACGAGGCAAUUGAAUGUAACUGACUAAGCUUCAGCUUCUUGUGAACUUGUGUGUCGGGACACGUUACAGCUGUGGUGGUGGAACUAUUGAAGUUGACAUUUGUUUUAUAGGUCCCUGUAUAUAAUGUCUUUGCUGAACCAAUAUGCAGCAGCCUGAGGAUGUUCUUGAAAAAGCAGAAGGAUUUGAAACAGAAUUAGGGUGGACCUCCUUCACAUGGCAGAAGCAGAAUGGUGGAUUGGCAGGUUGUUCCAAUGCCAAAACCCAGACUGGUCCAGUUCACACAGAAGACAAGGAAACUCAAACCAGCUCUCCUAUAAUACAGAGAUUACUGGAUCAAGAUGGGGCUGUCAAACCUUUUUCCCAGUUCGACAGACAAUCACCUGCCAGGAUUUCCACUUCCCCUACUUUAAGAAGAAUGAGAAAAAGCAUAAGCCGCCCACAACUGCAACUGGACUUGUGGGAACUUGGAAGGCAGAACAACAUACCAACAGACACAGCUAAUGUUAGUGUCUCCCAGACAAACCUCCAUGUUCCUGGGACUCAUACAUCAUGUGUAAACAACCCAAGGUCUCCUCUGGCUAGAGAUGUCUCUUCCCUUGUGAACUGCAGUGUGGAAUCAGCACAGGACAGUGUAGAAGGAAUAUCACCAUCCGAAGAAAAGCAAGCUGAGGAUAUUAAUAAUAAACUAGACAACAACCUUAUUUAUAACAGACCAAAAUCUCAUUCUAUAAGAGAAAUAGGCAGUGGAAAUUUUCCUCCAUCAAAUGACUGCCAUCAGGUGACAGAAUCAACCCAGGAAAGAAUGCAGGAACAGCGACGGAGCUCUGCUGUGGUGAGUUUGCGUGGACUCGAUGUAUCUCCUGGGGACUUGUUUGUCUCAGAUGGGGUAGCAGACUAUCUGAGCCAUUCAACUUUAUCAGAUACCAAGAAAUCCAAAUGGCCUUUUUUGAAACAAGGGACAAGUAAAGACAAGAUUAAGUUAUUGUCAGAUGUGGAGAAGUGUCUUUCAUCUAUACAAAUCCAGGAUUGGAGAGACUGCGAUUUUCAAAAGUACAAGGGUACAACCCUGGCUGAGUUUUUGGUGGUUCAGCACCCCGAUGUUGAGCUGCAGAACUGCCAACAUGGCUAUAAGAGAGAGGAAGCAGUGUGGGAGCUUUUUACCAGUGAAUGUGUUUACUUUCUCGACCAGCUGAUGGUGCUUAAAGAGGUUUUCCUGAGCACCCUAAAUAACCUGCAAAACAACGACUGCCUUCUUGAUAUUGAUGUGUGGAGGCUUUUUGCAAAUCUGAACGAGUUAUGUCUGAUGAGCUUCAGUUUCCUGACCAGCCUUUUAAAUGGAAUCAAUGACUCCUGGGCAAAGGCAGACAAAAGUAUGAUGUCUCUGAAGACAUUGCUAACCAAGCAUUUCAAAGAAGGUGUUUGUCACUGUCAGCAGAAAUACUGCCUCAAUUACUCCUCUGCUGUCUUUUACCUCGACAGUCUGAAGCAAAGAGAAGAUUUUGGGACGUAUCUCAAAUGGUGUGAGCGGAAUCAGCAGUGCAACCGAUUACACUUGUCUGACAUGCUGGUGGCGCCAAUGCAGAGGCUCACCCGCUACCCAUUACUCCUCAAGAACAUUUGGAAAAGAAGCACCAGCGAAGAAGAGAAGAUUGCACUCCAGUCUAUCAUCAAACUAGUUGAGUGUUCCAUACAAGACCUUGAAGGUAAAGUGAAGUGGCUCCACAACUUUCAGACAGUCCAACAACUGAAAGAAUUGAUUGUUUGGCCUCCGGUUUGGGAACGGGAUAAAAGGGCCUUUAUCCCUGAAAAUUUGAAACAUGUGUUUAAACAAACCGGUCUGGAAAACCUCUUAUCUUCAAACCAAUAUCUUUUACAUGAAGGAAGACUGAAUCUGACAGGAAGUACAAAGCUUCAAGAGGUAUAUUUGUUCCUGUUUGAUGAUUUUCUGUUGAUUACCAAGAAUAAACGCAGUAAAAAGAAAUCUGUGAGCUCUGAACAAGCUACUUUGUGCCCACCAGUAAACCAAGAACUACAGACGAUGCUCAAAGAUGGUGGCACUUUCUAUGUUGUUGACCAGCCAAUUUCACUGGAUAGAGUGCUAGUAAAAAACAUUGAUCAACUGAAUGCAACAGAAUAAGAUCCCUGCUGUUGAUAAUCCAUUAAAACACAUCUGUACAAACUGGCAUGCUCCUGAGAAAGCGAUCUCGCAAGCCUAGAAAUACUGCAGAACCUGAGACUGCACCAAGGAGUGGCACACUAUCCCUAAAGAAGACUCAAGAUACCACAGUCGGCAUCUGCUUUGCGUGAGGCAAAGGGCAGAGCCACAUGUUUUAAUGGCAGAACAUUUCCUCACCUUAGUUACUAGCCCAAGCCUACUUUGCGUGCUGCUUUUUUUUUGCUGCUGUACAUUCCACUAACAUUUUUUAUCGAUUUAUUUCUAGGCUGUGGAUUACGCAAUGCUUUUAUUAUAAUGCAUCAAAACCGAUACCAGCAAUGCAUAGGAGUCUUCAUUUUGCAAGCACAAACAGAAU